AUGGACCCACAGAAUCGAUCAUCACUGACUGAAUUCAUUCUGAUGGAGGUCACAAAGCAGCCUGAGCUUCAGGCUCCCCUUUUUGGAGGCUUCCUCAUCAUCUACACAAUCACAGUGGUGGAAAAUGUGGGCACGACCAUCUUAACUCAAGUGGAUUCCCGGCUAUACACACCUAUGUACUUUUUUAUCAAACACCUGGCUUUCAUUGAUCUUGGUAAUUCUACUGUCAUUUGUCCCAAGAUGCUGGUGAAUUUUGUUGUGGAUCAAAAUACCAUUUCCUAUUAUGCAUGUGCCACACAGUUGGCUUUCUUCCUUAUGUUCAUUAUCAGUGAAUUUUUUAUCUUGUCAGCCAUGGCCUAUGACUGCUACUUGGCUAUCUGCAACCCUCUGCUGUACAAUGUUAUCAUGUCCCAAAGACUUUGUCAUAUGCUGGUAAGCAUUUGAUACCUCUACAGUACCUUUCAGGCACUCAUGUUUACUAUUAAGAUUUUUACAUUGACUUUUUGUGGCUCUAACGUCAUCAGUCAUUUCUACUGUGAUGAUGUUCCCUUGUUACUUAUGCUCUGCUCAAAUGCACAAGAAAUAGAAUUGUUGAUCAUACUGUUUUCAGUGUUUAAUUUGAUCUCUUCCCUCCUGGUCAUCUUAAUGUCCUACAUACUGAUCCUGACAGUAGUAUUUCAAAUGAGUUCUGCAGAGAGCAGGAAAAAAGCUUUCUCCACAUGUGGUUCUCACCUGAUGGUGGUGGCAGUGUUCUACGCGUCUCUACUAUUUGUGUAUAUGCAGCCCAACUCCACUCACUCCUUUGAUACAGAUAAAAUGGCCUCUGUGUUUUAUACUUUAGUGAUUCCCAUGCUUAACCCCUUCAUCUAUAGGUUAAGGAACAAAGAAGUAAAAAGUGCCUUCCAAAUGGUCUUAAAUUUGCCUGGAAAAUCCGUGGAUGGAAGACCUGUUGAUAGUGACUCUAUCAGUGAGCACUGCCUGUGGGCUCUCAAGUGGGCCCUAUUAUUGGUGGUGAGCUGCACAGACAUGUCCCUGGCCAGAGCCAGUGCUGUGACUGGAAGAGCACUUGGGAUUCUUUUACGAUUGCAAGAUGCAUCCAGCAACAAGUGUCAGGUAACUUUGAAAAACAAGCCUUGUUACAUUCUGGGGGGUACGUGGCACACCCAGGGCCACACAGAGAGGUUAAGGAGAGAAAGAGAGAAAGAAUGA